ACGUCGCCAGCCCCUCCCCGCCCCUUAGGUGGCAGGUUCAGGGCCCGGGUGCGAGCCCGCGCCCCUGCAGCUGCCAUCGCCGCCGUCACCGCCAGGGGGAGAGUGUCUCCGUCGGGAAACCUGGUGCUGCUGCUUCGGUGUGAAGGUGCUUUCAGACUUUGGGGGUUUGUUCCUGUCCCACUGUGUUUUAAGAGCGGAGAGAAGAUGGAGAGCGAGUCCGGAGCGCAAACAUCAAAUCAGACGCAAACAGAUUCAUUAUCUUCCUCCCCUAAUCCCGUGUCACCUGGGCCUCUGAAUAAUCCAACAAGUGCCCCAAGAUAUGGAACAGUGAUCCCUAAUCGCAUCUUUGUAGGAGGAAUUGAUUUUAAGACAAAUGAAAAUGAUUUAAGAAAAUUUUUUUCCCAAUAUGGGUCUGUAAAAGAAGUGAAGAUUGUAAAUGACAGAGCUGGCGUAUCCAAAGGGUAUGGUUUCAUCACUUUUGAAACACAAGAAGAUGCACAAAAAAUUUUACAAGAGGCUGAAAAACUUAAUUAUAAGGAUAAGAAACUAAACAUUGGUCCAGCAAUAAGAAAACAACAAGUAGGAAUCCCUCGUUCCAGUAUAAUGCCAGCAGCUGGAACAAUGUAUUUAACAACUUCAACGGGCUAUCCUUACACUUAUCAUAAUGGUGUUGCUUAUUUUCAUACUCCAGAGGUAACUUCGGUCCCACCACCUUGGCCUUCACGUUCUAUAUCUAGUUCCCCUGUGAUGGUAGCCCAGCCAGUUUAUCAGCAACCUGCAUAUCACUACCAGGCCCCUGCACAGUGUCUACCAGGACAGUGGCAGUGGAGUGUUCCUCAGUCUCCUGCUUCUUCUGCUCCAUUUUUAUAUCUGCAGCCUUCUGAGGUUAUUUAUCAACCAGUGGAAAUUGCACAAGAUGGUGGAUGUGUUCCUCCUCCACUGUCUCUAAUGGAAGCUUCAGUUCCAGAGUCUUAUUCUGAUCAUGGAAUUCAAGCAACAUAUCACCAGGUUUAUGCUCCAAGUGCCAUUGCUAUGCCUGCACCUGUGAUGCAGCCUGAACCAAUUAAAACAGUGUGGAGCAUUCAUUAUUAAGACAACUGGGCAGCUCUAGUCCAUCUCAACUGAUAUCUUGUUCAAUGAUCCUUGUGUGACCGAGAUCCAGCUUCAACAAAUCGGCUAGAAGCUGCCCAUUGUGAAACUUAGGGUUAGUUAAUACCUUGCCAUUCUAUUUAUUCCACUAUUAGCUUUCUAAAUUUGAUGAAAUUUUCUUUUUCAGCUAUUUUGCAAAAUUAUUUAGGUAGAUGUGGCAUGUUGGCUUUUUUAUGUGUUGAUCUAACUGUAGUCACAUUCUCCACAUGUUUUAUCCAUUCCAUAAAUAAUAACCACAUUGGGAAUAGUGAGGUGUCUUUCAUUUGCUUUGCUUUGUGUUAUUUCUUUUCUUCUUAACAUUUUAGAUGUUAUGUUUCAUAUUUUUUGCUAUUUAAUAUUUAGACUAAGAAUUACUUUUAAUUUUAAUAGAAUUUUAAGUUUGUGCAUUUAAGUAUAUAGUGCAUUUAGUUUUAAUGAUUCAGUUCUACUUUCUAGUUUUGUGGUUUACUAUGCUUUUGCCUAAUUUUUAUUUGUUGCUGGUACUGUUUAAUUUUGCUUCUUCCAUGGUUUUCAGAAUCUGAGUAGCAUUUAUACUUUUUAUAACAUUUUCCAAAUAUUAGAAAUACCAUCAAUAUGAUCAUUUUUGUUGCCUUUCCAUAUGAUCGAUUACAUUAAAUUUUUUCUCUAAUGCUUGAGAUAAUUCUACAAGCUUCGUAUAGUAGUAGCCACUUGGUACCAAAUUGUAUAUAAUAUGGAUCCCCUAAUAGAAUUGUUGUGAUAGUAAAACAGCUCACCUCUGACAUGAUUUCAUGAUAUUGACACUCCACUAUAUUUUAGUGUUCUUUGAAUGCUUUAGUCUUUUGAAUCUUUUCCACUUACAUAUUACAAUAUAUUCAAUUAUA